ACAGGGAGUAGGGUACAUACAGUCUGGUCUCCUGAGGUUCCUUCUCCCUGCAGCAUGGGGAAGAACAAACUCCUUCAUCCAAGUGUUAUUCUACUCCUUCUGGUUCUCCUGCCUAAAGAUGCCUCAGUCUCUGGAAAACCACAGUACAUGGUGUUGGUCCCCUCUCUGCUCCACGCCGGGACCCCUGAAAAGGGCUGCCUCCUGCUGAGCCACCUGAAUGAGACGGUGACUGUAAGUGCUUCCUUGGAGUCUGUCAGGGAGAACAGGAGCCUCUUCACUGACGUGGUGGCAGAGAAGGACUUAUUCCACUGUGUUUCUUUUACUGUCCCAACAUCUUCAUCCAGUGAGGAGGCAAUGUUCCUCACUAUACAAGUGAAAGGACCAACUCAAGAAUUCAAGAGGCGGACCAUAGUGGUGGUAACAAACAAAGAGAAUCUGGUCUUUGUCCAGACAGACAAACCCAUCUACAAACCAGAGCAGACAGUGAAGUUUCGUGUUGUUGUGUUGGAUGAAAAUUUUCAACCCCUGGAUGAGUCGAUUCCACUGGUAUACAUUGAGGACCCCAAAGGAAAUCGCAUCACACAGUGGCAGAACCUCAAGUUAGAGAAUGGUCUCAACCAACUGGCCUUUCCUCUCUCAUCAGAGCCCUUUCAGGGCUUGUACAAGGUGGUGGUACAGAAGGCAUCAGGUGGAAGGACAGAGCACACCUUCACUGUGGAGGAAUUUGUGCUUCCCAAGUUUGAAGUGCAAGUAACAAUGCCAAGGAUAAUCACUAUCUUGGAAGAAGAGGUGAAUGUGUCAGUGUGUGGCAUAUACACAUACGGGAAGCCUGUCCCAGGACAUGUGACUCUGAACAUAUGCAGAAAGUACAACAGUCCUUCUAGCUGCUAUGGUGGAGAAUCACGGGCUAUGUGUGAGAAAUUUAGUCAGCAGCUAAAUAGCCAGGGCUGUUUCUCUAAGCAAGUGAAAACCAAGAUCUUCCAGUUGAAGAAACAAGACUAUGAAAUGAAACUUGAAGUGGAGGCCAAGAUCCAAGAAGAAGGAACAGAGGUGGAAUUAAUUGGAAGAGGGUCCAGUGAAAUAACAAGAACCAUAACCAAACUCUCAUUUGUGAAAGUGGACUCGCACUUUAGACAAGGGAUCCCCUUUUUUGGGCAGGUGCGCCUAGUGGAUGGAAAAGGUAUCCCCAUGCCAAAUAAACUCGUCCUCAUCACAUCAAACGAAGCAAAGCAUAAUUCCAAUGCUACCACUGACGAGCACGGUCUGGUGCAGUUCUCCAUCAAUACCACCAAAGUUAUGGGUACUUCUCUCACUGUCAGGGUCAAACACAAGGAUUAUAGUCCCUGUUAUGGCUACCACUGGCUGUCAGAAGAUCAUGAAGAAGCUUAUCACACUGCUAAUCUUGUAUUCUCCCUCAGCAAGAGCUUUGUCCACCUUGAAUCCCUGCCUGAACUGCCUUGCGGCCAAACCCAAAAAAUCCAAGCACAAUAUAUUCUGAAUGGACAAGUCCUACAGGGGCUGAAGAAGCUCAUGUUCUAUUACCUGAUAAUGGCAAGGGGAGGUAUUGUUCACACUGGAACUCAUAUACUACCUGUGGAGGAGGGAGACAUGAAAGGCCAUUUUUCCGUGUCAGUCCCUGUGGAGUCAGACAUUGCUCCCAUCGCACGACUGCUCAUAUACACUAUUUUACCUGAUGGGGAAGUGAUUGGAGAUUCUGCAAAAUAUGAGGUUGAAAAUUGUCUGGCCAAUAAGGUGGAUUUGAGCUUCAGCCCAACACACAGUCUCCCGGCCUCACAAGCCCACCUGCGAGUCACAGCUUCUCCUCAGUCCCUCUGCGCCCUCCGUGCUGUGGACCAGAGUGUGCUGCUCAUGAGUCCUGAGACGGAGCUCUCUGCAGCCUCAGUUUAUAACCUGCUACCAGUAAAGGACCUCAAUGGUUUCCCUGAGAGUUUGAAUCAACGGGAGGAAGAUGACAGAGAGUGUAUCAAUCACCACAACGUCCACAUCAAUGGAAUCAUGUAUUCUCCAGUAUCAAAUACAAAUGAAAAAGAUAUGUUUAGCUUCCUACAGGAUAUGGGCUUAAAGGUAUUCACCAACUCAAACAUUCGUAAACCCAAAGUAUGUGCAGAGCCUCAACAUUAUGCAAUGCAGGCAGCAUCUCGAAGACUAUUAAGUUCUCCAGUCUCAGCCGAAUUGCGAACAGCUGGUGAUUUUAUGAAUAUGAUGCAUGUUUCUGAGCCUCUCCCAGAGACUGUGCGGAAGUACUUUCCUGAGACGUGGAUCUGGGACUUGGUGGUGGCAGAUUCAUCAGGUGUGGCUGAAGUAGGAGUGACAGUCCCUGAUACCAUCACAGAGUGGAAGGCAGGAGCCUUCUGCCUGUCCAAGGAGACUGGACUUGGUCUCUCUCCUCCUGCCUCUCUCCGAGUCUUCCAGCCUUUCUUUGUGGAGCUCACGUUGCCCUACUCUGUGAUCCGUGGGGAGGCCUUCACACUUAAGGCCACUGUCCUAAACUACCUGCCCAGCUGCAUUCGAGUCAGUGUGCAGCUAGAAGCCUCUCCUGCAUUCCUAGCUGACCCCAGGGAGAAGGAACAAGAGUCUCACUGCAUCUGUGGGAAUGGCCGCCAAACUAUCUCCUGGGCAGUAACACCAAAGUCAUUAGGAAAUGUGAAUUUCACUGUGAGUGCAGAGGCCCUGGAGUCUCAACAGCCAUGUGGAACUGAGGUGGCUGUGGUCCCAGAAUAUGGAAAGAAAGACACAAUCAUCAAGUCCCUAUUGGUUGAACCUGAAGGACUAGAGAGGGAAACAACAUUCAACUCCCUGCUUUGUCCCUCAGGUUCUGAGGUAGUUGAACAAUUAUCUCUGAAGUUGCCACCAAGUGUGGUAGAAGAUUCUGCCCGAGCCUCUUUCUCAGUUUUAGGAGACAUAUUAGGCUCCGCCAUGCAAAAUACACAAGAUCUCCUUAAAAUGCCUUAUGGUUGUGGAGAACAGAAUAUGGUCCUUUUUGCUCCAAAUAUCUAUGUUCUGGAUUAUCUAAAUGAAACACAGCAGCUGACUCGAGAGAUCAAGUCCAAGGCCAUUGGCUACCUCAAUACAGGUUAUCAGAGACAGCUGAACUACAAGCACUAUGAUGGUUCCUAUAGUACCUUUGGGGAACAAUAUGGCAGAAACGAGGGCAAUACCUGGCUCACAGCCUUUGUACUAAAGACUUUUGCCCAGGCUCGAUCUUAUAUCUUCAUUGACGAAGCACACAUCACCCAGGCCCUCACCUGGCUCUCCCAGAAGCAGAAGGAUAAUGGCUGUUUCAGGAGUUCUGGGUCACUGCUCAACAAUGCCAUUAAGGGUGGAGUGGAUGAUGAAGUGACCCUCUCUGCCUAUAUCACUAUUGCCCUCCUGGAGAUCCCUCUCCCAGUCACUCACCCUAUUGUCCGCAAUGCCCUGUUCUGCCUGGAAUCCGCCUGGAAAUCAGCAAAGGAAGGACCCCAUGGAAGUCAUGUCUAUACCAAGGCACUAUUGGCCUAUGUUUUUGCCCUGGCAGGUAACCAGGACAAGAGGGAGGAAGUACUCAAGUCACUUGAUGAAGAAGCUGUGAAGGAAGAUAAUUCCAUCCACUGGACACGACCUCAGAAACCCAAGGCACCAAUGGAGCCUUUUUACCAACCCCAGGCUCCCUCUGCUGAGGUGGAGAUGACAUCCUACGUGCUCCUUGCUUACCUCACAGCCCGGCCUGCCCCAACCUCAGAGGAGCUGACUACUGCCACCAACAUCGUCAAGUGGAUCACAAAGCAACAGAAUUCCCAUGGGGGCUUCUCCUCCACGCAGGACACAGUGGUAGCUCUCCAAGCUUUAUCCAAAUAUGGAACAGUUACUUUCAUCAGGACUGGGAAGGAUGCACAGGUGACCAUCGAAUCCUCAGGAACAUUUUCCACAAAAUUCCAAGUAGACAACAACAACCGCCUGUUAUUACAGCAGAUUUCAUUGCCAACGGUGCCUGAAGACUAUCGUAUCACCACGACAGGAGAAAGAUGUGUCUACCUCCAGACAUCCCUGAAAUACAAUAUUCACCCAAGAGAAGAAAGUUUCCCAUUUGCAUUGGAGGUGCAGACUCAGCCCCAGACUUGUGAUGAACCCAAAGCCCACACCAGCUUCCAAAUAUCACUGAAUGUCAGUUACACUGGGAGCCGUCCUGACUCCAAUAUGGCGAUUGUGGAUGUGAAGAUGGUAUCUGGCUUCAUUCCCCUAAAACCAACAGUGAAAAUGCUUGAAAAAGCUAACCAUGUGAGUCGAACAGAAGUCAGCAACAACCAUGUUUUGAUUUAUCUUGAUAAGGUAACAAAUCAGACACAGAGCUUAUCCUUCACGGUUCUGCAAGACAUCCCAGUGAGGGAUCUGAAACCAGCCAUAGUGAAAGUCUAUGAUUACUAUGAGACAGAUGAAUUUGCAAUUGCCGAGUAUAAUGCUCCUUGCAGCAAAGAUCAUGGAAAUGCUUGAAGAUUACAUCAAUAAAAAUAGCUUUGCUAUUUUUACAGACUCACCAUUCCAUGGAAGAAAAAGUACU